AUGUGGCCCUCUAAGAAGGGGUUAGGUGCUCGACUAAGUUACGGAGUGAAAGGUAAUGGUGUAUCUGCCCUUGAUCUAGGAGAUUUCCUGUCCAAUAUUGAUUUUGCUAGACGUGAUGAUAUCAAAGAUCUUCAUGAAAUAGAUCAACCAUUUACAAACAUAGUAGAGGGUCAACUACCUUUAUAUGCUAACCCUGAACUACGAGAAAGUCUUACUAUGGGUUCAUCGAUAUCAAACAUAGAGGGAUUUAUACCGAGUAAUAUGGUGUCUUCACUACAUAAAGAGUCAGAUAUAUUUACUUCAUCAAUAGCUCAUGAUCCAAAUUUUCGUAACCUUUUUAAAUUAAUUCAAAUCAAGAAUAUUAAUGGAAUGACUCCUAUUCCAUCCGUGUGUUACGUUGGAGGACCUUCAGGUAAUGUUCUAAAUAUAUCCUACCUUGAUUACCGAACUUUGGAGGCAGUUAAAGAAAAUGAUCAUCAUAUUUAUACUAGAUUGUUAUUUCCUGAAUUCUCCAAACCAUUCCAAAUAACAUUGACAGAGCAAAUAAAGCAAAUAGAAACUCCUCAAAUCCUUUUUGAUUCACUUGCAUCAUUCAUGAUAAUCCGUACCAAUACUGGAAUUUACGUUCUCAGUUGUACAAAAUCCAUUCAUAGUAAUCCUGAAGUUAUCACAGACAUAGAGGUAGAGACUCUAGGAACAAUCGAAGUAUCACAGCUUGCUGGGUUUGAGUUUGCUGAUGUCUCUUUCAAUCCCCAUGAUUUCACUCAAUUUGGUAUCGUAGAUGUGAAAGGAAAUUUCUGUAUUUGGAGAAUAACACGGACAAAGCGUAUAACCAAGUUGACUGUUGGUAUACAUUCGGUUACAAACAUAGCUGAUUUAUCGAACUGGAAAAGAAUAUGUUGGACAAAAGAUUUAAAAAGAGUCUUGAUAUUAACAAGAUCAUCAAUGGAUCAAUUUAAUGUUGAAUCUAAAGAAUUAACUAGAAUCAUUACUUCACAGACUUGGUCUAAGAUCCGUGAUUUCCAACAACUGGAAGUUGAAGAUCAUGCAUUUUUAUUAACUUCAAAGGAGUUAGUUUGGAUUAGUCUCUCAGGAACUAUUGAAAGAUUGAUGUCAUGGAAACAUUUUUUAGAUGAUUCAGAUCCUUCAUUAAAACUUUCAUUAAAUAAAACUGGAGACAAUCAGUUUACUUGCAUAAUUCAUUCAGAAGUAAAUCCUUUAUUAUUUGUUUACACUUUUGAAUUAUUUAAUAAUAAACCAUAUAGUAUAAAAGAUCCAUAUUAUAUUAACAGAGGAGAAUAUCCAGGGGCCUUGAAACAGGCAUUAUUAUUGAAACUAGAUCUUGAAAUGUUUACCAACGACAAAGGAAUGGUGACAGAUCUAACUUUAGAUGAACAAGAAAUUGAUGGUUAUAUUGAAUGUAACAAAUAUUGCUUGUUAGAAAUAAGCUCAUGUCUAGGUGUAUCUAUUCGUAUUUUCAGUCCAGAAGCAGAAUUGAUCAUAAAACCCGAUAAUGAUGAAGAGGAUGUAAGUACCAAAGUGGAAGGUUCAUCAAAUGCCAAGUUACAACAAUUGCAAUAUUUUGAUUUCAUCUCAAAUAUUCAUAUGGGUGCUGUGUUUGAAUCCUUAAAGGAAAAUAUCCCUGAAAGAAGUAAUAGCGACGACGAAGCCAAAUCUAUUCAAGAAUACGCCUACUCUUUAGGAGAAGGUAUUAAUCUGGGUCUGUCAACAUUGAAUUACUAUCUGAGUUUACUUGAUGUUUCAAAUAAAUUAUUCAACUCUGUUGUCGAUGUAGCUGAGUUCGAUACUAUGCUUGAACAGUUGUCAGAAUUCUUUAAAUCUAAAGAAGUUCCAGUUAGAAGUUUAGUUUACACGACUAUGGUUAAAAGGAACCAGUUAUUUAAAGAGUUUGGGGGUUCCAAUAUUUCAAGUGCAUCUACUACCAAAGAUAUUUACAGAUUAUUGAAGAAGAUUUAUUUAAAAGAUGACACAUUGAAAAAGAUAAACAAAAAGAGACAUGUAUAUAGAGCUGCAAUCAUAUUAGCAACAUCAUUAAUCAAAUCAGCUUCAGACAAAUUAACUAACCAAUUACAAAAAGAAUAUUCCCUGAAAUUAGAAUCGAGUUCUAUUCAAGCCAAGCUGUUACUCGAAGGUUGGGAUACAUCUAUCGAAUCGACAGACACUUCUAUUCCUGAAUCUCAAGCUACUGUAGCUGAUAUUCAGUCUUCAGUUCCAACUAUUGUAUUAUCAUCAACCCAAAGUCAACGUCGUACCGAAGAACGAGACUCUUCUAGACACAGAUCAAGAUUAGCACCACAAUCACAAGCGUUUGCUCAAACACAGGGAUAUACUCCAUCACCAUUAUCACAACCAGCAUUUGGCAGAACUGACACUUAUAUACCAGCAAGCCAAGCAAGUCAUGCAAGACAAGCAAGACAAUCAAGUCAAGCAACCCAAUCAACCUAUCCAUAUUCUUCUCAAAGAUAUUCCUCACAAUCGUAUUCGUCACAAAGUCGACACAUACCAUCUCAUUCAUAUUCGUCACAAUCAUAUCCAUCACAAACUCGACACAUACCAUCUCAAAUGUAUAGAGAUAGUUCCCAAAGACGAAAAAGAAGAAGGGGUGGAUUUUCCUAA